UUAUUUAUGUAUAUUAAUAAUUAAGAAGACCGGCAUUAAUAUAGAAUAAUUUAAUAAAAAUGGCAGAUUUAAUUGAAAAUCAAUGCGAAAAUAUCGACGAGCUUGAGUAUAUAAAAAAAAUGAAACUUUUUGAUAAAAGUGAGAUUAAAAACAUAGCAAAACAGUUGGAAGAAUAUGAAACUAAAAUACAAAGUCAUACAACAUGUAAAGAGGACUAUUUAAAAUAUAUUACAUACGAAAUGGAUUUACUCAAGCGAGUAAAGCAACGCAAAGAGAAAUUGGGAAUAACUCAACAGUCUGAUACUGAAUCACCGAUUAUUAAAAAAGUAAAUAGUUUAUAUCAAAAAGCUACUAUUAAAUUUCAAGAUGAUCUCAGAUUUUGGAUGGCUUACAUGAAAUUUCGAAAACAAUUACGUUUGACAAAUAACAUCAGUCGAUUAAUUGAAAAAAUGAUAGAAAUACAUAAAAAUAAACAAGAGUGUUGGAUAAUUGUUGCUCGUUGGCAAAUAGAAGAGAAUAAAAAUUUACAAAAAGCUAAACAAGAUCUUCUAAAAGGUUUACGGCUAAAUCCAACUUCUCAGCAUUUAUACUCGGAAAUUUUCCAAUUAAUAUUGAAUGAAACUGAAACAACUGACGAAUUGGCAGUAGUGCUAGAACGCGCCCAAGUUGUUUACCAACAAGCCUUUAAGCAAAUAAAAGACGUUACGUUUAUAAUAAAGCUACUUGAAAUAACAACAAAGCACAAAAAUACAGAAAAGUUACAGGAUUUAAUUAUAGGAGACUUGCUGAAAGAUUAUUCUUAUAAACCACAAGUUUGGGAUACAAUGGCUCGACGUGAAUUGGCUGGAUUUACAUAUGACCCUGAUGGAGAAGAUGAUCACUCGAUGGAAGUUGACGAGACAGAAUUAAAUGUUAUGAGACGUCGAAUAAAUUUUUGCAAUAAAGUUUAUCAAACAGCAGUUAAGAGACUAAAAACUGAAAUUAUGUGGACUCUUUAUAUUAACUGUUUGACGGAAAUAAAUCAAGAUUUAUCGUCGCUGCCUAAUUUCAAGCGCAAGAUACUUAAAAACGCGUUGAUGCAAGGCCAUCAGUCAAAAAAGUUGCAAGAUAAACAGUAUUGGUAUUGGAUAAAAAUUUUAGAAAAUGAUAAAAAAGACGAAAACCUUAAAGAUAAAUUAUACCAAGUAUUGUGUUAUGCAACUGAUGCAUUACCUCAGAAUGUUGAUUUUUGGAAGGAUAAAUUAAGACAUUUAAUAAGUGUAAAUAAAAAUGAUCUAUUUAUUACAGAGUUUAAUAAGGCUACAAAAAUAUUGGGUAAUAAAGCAUUACCAUUGUGGAAAAUAAAAUUACUUUAUACUCAAGCAAAGUAUUCGAAUAAAGUUGAAGAAAUUUAUUUAGCUGGAAUGAAAGAAGCUGUGGAAAUAUCUCGAGAAAUGAAACCAGCUUACAUAAAAUGGGUGGUAUUAACGAAAGGUAUUCAAAUAGCUCGGCAUAUUUACAAUGAGCUCAGUGUAAAAAUACCAUUUUGUCUGGAACUUCACAAGGAAAUGGCUGAAAUUGAACUGAUUCAACCAGACAUAUGCAAACAAAAUGCCCGACGUCCACACGAAAUGGCUACUAGUCAAUUUGGAAAAACUAACACCGAAGUAUGGAUUAAUUUUAUUGAAUUUGAAAUGAAAUACGGCGAGCCGCAUAAAGUUAGCGACAUACAUCACAGAGCUGUCAAAACUUUAGAGGCAACAUACAGUGAUUCAUUUAUUUCUGCAUUCAAUAUCAUCCAAACUAACACUAAUUAAAAUAAAUCAACUGUAUCUCAAA